AUGGCGAAGGCGUCGUCAGAGUCACGCGGUUGCCGGAGAGUGUUGGAGUUUUACAGUGGAAUCGGCGGCAUGAGGUACUCGCUGAUGAAGGCCCAGGUGAAUGCUCAAGUGGUGGAAGCAUUUGAAAUUAAUGACACAGCGAACGACGUUUACCAACAUAAUUUUGGUCAUCGUCCUUAUCAGGGAAAUAUUCAAUGCCUGACUGCUGCUGAUCUGGACAAGUAUGGUGCCGAUGCAUGGCUUCUUUCUCCUCCUUGCCAACCUUACACACGACAAGGCCUCAAGAAGGACACUGGUGAUGCUCGGGCAUGUUCUUUUCUUCAGAUUCUUGAGCUCAUGCCACUUCUAUUGAAGCCUCCAAGUAUGUUAUUUGUGGAAAAUGUUGUUGGAUUUGAGACAUCUGAUACACAUGCAAAACUGGUUGAAAUAUUGGAAAAGACAAAUUUUAUCACACAGGAGUUCAUUCUGACCCCUUUACAGUUUGGAAUCCCAUAUUCCAGGCCUCGUUAUUUUUGUCUGGCUAAGAGGAGACCUUCAUCUUUUGUAAAGGAAUGUUUCAACCGCCAGCUGAUUCAUUCUCCAGGGUCAUUAUUUGAGCACUUUGAUACAGUGACGGAUGAAGAUGAUUCAUCAAAAGAGGACAAACAUAAAUUGUUGCAGUCAUGUCAACCUAUUGAGAAAUUUCUUGAAUCAAAUAACCCUAACAAUCAUAUAGAUAAUGAAUCUGCAGCUUUAAUGACUGAUUUAUCUAAUGAUGCUCCUAGAACUUUGGGGAAACAUAAUGGUAAUGAAUAUGAAUCUUUGGACCAGUAUUAUGUGCACCCAAGCUUGAUAGAACGGUGGGGAAGUGCUAUGGAUGUUGUCUAUCCUGAUUCAAAGCGCUGCUGCUGUUUUACGAAAAGUUAUUACAGAUACGUGAAGGGAACUGGAUCCCUUUUGGCAACUGUCCAGCCAAUGAAGAGGGACAAAACAUCACUGAAGGAGCAAUGCCUCAGAUUUUUUACCCCGAGAGAGGUUGCCAACCUACAUUCUUUUCCCGAAGAAUUUGAGUUUCCAGAGCACAUAAGUCUCAAGCAAAGGUAUGCCUUGUUAGGAAACAGUUUAAGCAUAGAAGUUGUUGCUGCCUUACUUCAGUAUCUUUUCACCGAACCUUGA